AUGCAAAUUGACGAGGACCCCAGCUGGCAAGACCCCAUCAUCAACUACUUAGUGAAUGGAAACUUGCCAACGGAUAAGUCCGAAGUUAGGAAGGUCCAGCAGAGGGCCGCGAGAUAUUACAUGCACUGCGACAAGCUCAUCCGCAGAUCAUACGUCGGCCCUCAUCUUACCUGCAUAAAGUACCCUCAAACACUUGAGGUUCUUUGCAAAAUCCACGACGGUUACUUCUGGCUUACCAUGCGCCACGACUCCAUUGAAUAUGUCAAAAACUGUGAUCGUUGCCAGCGAUACAAGCCGAUCCCUAAUCUGCCUGCCGAAGUUUACCAUCCGCAAAACAGUCCAUGGCCAUUCAUGCAAUGGGCCAUUGACUUAGUGGGUCCCUUGCCACCGGCACCUGCCAAGAAAGAAAUGAUGAUCGUCACCACCGACUAUUUUACUAAAUUGAUCGAGGCUGAAGCUCUAUCCUUUACUAAAGAAGCCGAUUCGCUAGUCACUGACAAUGGCUCACAGUUCAUUGGCAAGCAGAUUACCGCCUUCUUUGCGAAAUACAAGAUCAAGCAACACCUGUCUACUCCGAGGUAUCCACAUGGAAACGGGCAGGCCGAGGCAUCCAACAAAGUCAUAUUGGUCUGCUUGAAGAAAAGACUGGAAGGCGCCGAAGGGAAAUGGGUGGACGAACUCCCCGGAGUACUAUGGACUUAUAGCACCACCAAACGAAGGUUGACUGGUGAAACCCCAUUCUCCCUCGCCUAUGGGACGGAAGCGAUCAUCCAUCCUCACAUCAUAGUCCCCUCGAUAAGCCUUGAAGUAGGCAGUGUUGAUCAGAACUCCGAGCAGAUGAGGCUCAACCUUGACCUACUUGAGGGCGAACGUCCAGGGGCAGAUGAAGCUACACAUUGGACACCAUGGAUAGGAAGCAAAUACCACGACAAUGGAAUGCUCACCAUCUCCGGAAGUAUUAUCUAUAAUGCUUCCUCAUGA